UUUAGGCGAGAAGAAGAGGAAGAAAAAAAAAAACAAGCUGAUCAGUAACUGCCAGCGCGGCCGGACCGAGCCGGCUCCCGCUUCGUGCCGGCCCCGGUUUUUCACCCGUAGAUGUUCGGCUUUGUAUUUUUUUUAAACCGGUGAUAGACAGAGGGGAGAUGAGGGGACUCCUGCCGUUUUACCGGGACUUGUGCACCCUGAGUAACCGUCAAGCCAGACGCAAAGCUGGGACUGUCGGUUCUCGGUGCGGGUUUUGCGGAACUCGGUCUAACAGCAAGCCGCAGCCCCGCUUCGGGCUGCUGUUCGACAUCGACGGCGUGCUCGUCCGGGGGAAGCAGCCGAUCCCUGCGGCGAGGAAGGCCUUCGAGAAGCUGGUCGACUCUCGGGGACAGUUUGUGGUGCCGGUGGUUUUUGUCACAAAUGCAGGGAAUUGUCUGAGACAAACUAAAGCAGACCAGCUCGCUCACAUUCUUGGAGUACCCAUUACACAAGAUCAAGUCAUCCUGUCCCACAGUCCCCUGAGGAUGUUUAAGAAGUUCCACGACAAGUGUGUGCUGGUGUCUGGACAGGGGCCCGUCCUGGAAAUCGCCAAAAACGUGGGCUUUAACAACGUCGUCAGUGUUGACAUGCUGAGGGAGUCGUUCCCGUUGAUGGACAUGGUGGAUCACAACAGGAGGCCCAAACUGCCGUCCAAUCCUGUCGGCAACCUCCCCCAGGUCGAAGCCGUGAUCCUGUUCGGGGAGCCGAUUCGAUGGGAGACCAACCUGCAGCUCAUCGUCGACAUCUUGUUGACCAACGGGAACCUCAGCAGUGUUCACCAGACCCGAAAGACGCCCCACCUCCCCCUGCUGGCCUGCAACAUGGACCUCAUGUGGAUGGCCGAGGCGCACUCUCCCCGGUUCGGCCAUGGGACCUUCCUCGUGUGCCUGGAGAACAUCUACAAGAAGAUAACGGGUAAUGACCUGAAGUACGAGGCGCUCAUGGGAAAACCCAGCGAGCUGACCUACCAUUUUGCAGAGUACCUCAUCAGAAGCCAGGCCCUGCAGAGGCAAUGGGAACUUCCCGUCACUUCCCUUUAUGCUAUCGGGGACAACCUCAUGACCGACAUCUACGGCGCCAACCUAUACAACCGCUACCUGGAGGAGAGGGUCGCCAGAAAGAACCCCAAAGCCGUCGCCCAGAUGGCGUCCGCCGCGGGCCCCGGCGCCGCGGUGCCCCGGGGAAACGAGGAGGAGGAGGGCGGCAACAACCUGUGGGAGAGCGAGCUGGCGCUGCCCUCCGCCACCUCCUGCAAGUCCGUCCUGGUCUGCACGGGGGUCUACAACCCCAACGUGGAGGUGCCGCCCGACGCCAGCCACUGCAUCAAAGAGACCGUGUUCCACGGGCACCGGGACUUCCGGUUCGACCCGGCGCUGGUGGAGCCGGACCACAUCGUGCAGGACGUGGCCGAGGCCGUCGAGCGCAUCUUUGAGCAGGAGAAGUUCGGGCCUUAGUAGAGUCCAGGCGACAGGUUCCUAUAGAGGAGGAGGUGGGAGCGGGGGGGGCAUUUAAACUGAGGUUACGCUUAACGUGUACACCUACGGGAGCCUGACACUGUGGACGUUGUUGUGUUACAAAUUGUGGGUCAGAUUCUAAACUUACAACUUUGAGAAAAUGAGUCAUGUAACUGUUACCAUCAACCGCUCUUUUGUAUUGUUUUUGUGAUUUAAGGAACUGCCUUAUUUGACCCAACCAAGUAUUUUCUUAGACAAUAGUAAUCUAUUAGAUCAUUUCUAAUCCUGAAGCCAUCCUAUAUUUAUUACAAGAAAUUAACAGUGUUUUUAAGAAGCAUAGUCAGAUAUUAUUCUCACGGUGACUUUUUAUUAUUGCAAUUUUAGUCAUUUGUUGAACCAUUUAUCCUAGAGAAUCUAUGCAUGACUAUGAGCGUAAUGUUUUGUAAUUUGUACUGUGAAAAGAAGAGUUUGAUGUGCAGAAGGCCCGUCGUCCUCUAAUAGUACCGUCUGUCUGAGCCAUGAAUAUCCGCACAGGUCACACACUUUGAUCUUAAAUGUUACCAUAUCUUCCUGCCAUAACGUGUUCAUCACAAUGUAGAAAUUCAUUGUUAAGAUUUUAAAUUUGAAUUGCAGAAUUAAAAUAUAUGUCGAAUUUUUCUUUUUUUUUUUAAAGCAACUAUAUGGCAAUCAAAGACUUAUCGCUGCAUACUUUCAUCAUUGGUGGUAUUUUUCUCAUUGUAAAUAACUAAUGUCAGAAAAUAUAUCUCGAUUAAAAAUAUUAAUCUAA